GAUUGCCCCCCAAUUUGGAAAUCGCGGUAGUUCGAGGAGCCACGUGAGGACUCAACCGUGCAGGCGCACAGGGCAAAUGUGCGCGCAUCGGGAGCCGUACACAAGCUACUUGAAGCGACCACGUGACAACACCCACUGAGCAGAUCUGCCUUUAUCUAACGUUAGCGAUCAAUGUUCAGCUGUGCCAUCACUAGCACACACUUCCAUAAGACGCUGCGAACACCUCGGUAUAUAUACGAAUUAAAACCAAAAUUCACAGCUAGUGAGAGAAUCAGGGUCCAUUUGAAACAAAGUUGCCACCUAUCGACAAAAAUUAAAACUUUGAAACUGCAGCCCUUAGCACAUCCUAGUGGCCAUGUUUCGAAAGAUUUUCAAAUAAUUGUUUUCAAACGAAACUUUUAUAUGUAGGUUCUGACUUGAGAUUUAACAAUGAAUAACCAUCAGAUAUGGCCAUUAAUGUAAACAGAAUUAUAUAUCGUGAUAAUCCUGACUUGGUUGCGAAAAACCUUUGAAAAGAAAAUUUAAAUGGAUUGCAUGACAAAACUGUACAAUUGCAAGUAGACAUUGCUUCAAAAUGGGUAUCGUUUAUGCGACGACGAUGAACAGAUUCCCGACUCAGGUUCCUGUGGAUCACUCCCGACAUUCCUGCGAACCUUGCUCUAGACGAUAUGAACCAGAAGUGCCAUGCAUUCCUUGCAAGUUACCUCCAACUCCAGGGAACCCUGGAACCUUUGAGGAAAUUCACAAGAAAAUGACAGAUCUUAACCCACCUAUUUUCGAAGGCAUGAAAUUGCUAGUAAGAAAACCUUUGAGUAGUCACUUCAAAGUAGAUCACACGUUGACUCUGAGCUCUGUGACACCAUCUGGUUAUAAAUUUGGGACGUCUUACACUGGCACAAAGAGAAUAGGAGAGAAGGAAAAAUAUCCUAUCGCGACUGGUGAUAUUACAUCAAAUGGGAAUAUGACUGCUAACUUUGUUCACACCUUUGGGUGUAGAUUUCGGACUAAAUUUUCGGCUCAGAUAGCUAAUAAUAAAUAUAAGGCUGCAAGAUUGACUACGGAAUACAGAUCGGAUAACUGCACCCUAUCACUAAGCAUGGCUGAACCAAAUUUCAUUAAACAACAUGGCACAAUGGUUUUUCAUUAUCUACAGUCUAUAACAUCGCGGAUUGCACUGGGGUGUGAAGUCGCUUGCCAUCGAGGUUUAAAGGUCCCAGGUGGUCAACAGAGCAUUAUGUCAGGAGCUUUAAGAUACAGCACGGGUUUCUUAACCUUCUCAACAACCCUAGGAGAGGCUGGACUACAUCUCAGCUGUCACACGAAAGCCAGCCGACAGUUACAAAUCGGAGCUGAAAUCAAUAUUAAUAUGAGAACGCAUGAGUCCAUUGGUACUUUAGUUUUUCGGCUUGAUGUCCCCCAUGCUGAUAUGGUUUUCAGAGGGAUAGUCAAUUCUAAUACAACUGUUGGUGCUGUCUUUGAGAAGAAAUUGUACCCUAUUCAAGAGUCGUCGUUAGUCAUAAGCGCAAUGCUCAACCAUGUUAAGCAGCAGUGCAGAGUCGGAAUAGGCCUGAAUAUUGGAUAAAAAAUUAAACAAACCCUAAUGGU